GAGGGCUUGGAAUUAAAGCUGGGGAGAAGGACCCCGGUCCUGUAGGCAGUGCAGUAGUUACUGUGGGGUGAAUGUCGUGCGUGUCUGAAAGCAAGUGGUGGUGUCAGGAGCAUGGAAGAAGAUGCAAAGACUGCUGCCUCGUGUAACACUGGACUAACUGUUUUUUUACAGAGUGGUGUCUCUGUCAAAGAAUACUUGCAGGAAGUCCAGAAGCAUUCUGUGCACACACUUGUGUUCAGAUCUUUGAAGAGAACCCAUGAUAUGUUUGUAGCUGAUAAUGCCAAGCCUAUCCCAUUAGAUGAAGAAAGUCACAAAGUGAAGAUGGCAGUCAAGCUGCGUACAGAGUAUGGCUCAGUGCUACACAUGCCUACUCUUAAAGAAAACUUAAGAGAGAAGGGAGGCCCAAAUACUGGGGAUCCUUAUGGACACAAACAGUAUUCUGGAAAUCAAGGACAAGAACUUGAGUAUUUGAUAACAGGUACACAUCCGUAUCCACCUGGGCCCGGUGUGGCUCUGACAGCAGAUUCUAAGGUCCAGAGGAUGCCUAGUGAGUCUGCAGCACAGUCCUUGGCUGUAGCACUUCCUGCUUCUCAGUCCAGGUUGGAUGCCAAUCGAACAGCUGCUGGUGUGGGUGAUAUUUACAGGCACGCUGGAAUAUCUGAGCGUUCGCAGCCUCCUGGGAUGUCUGGGGCUAUGGUAGAAGCUGGUGGAAACAAAAAUUCUGCAUUAAUGGCAAAGAAGGCUCCAACCAUGCCUAAACCACAGUGGCAUCCACCUUGGAAACUGUACAGAGUUAUCAGUGGUCACCUGGGUUGGGUGAGAUGCAUUGCAGUAGAACCAGGAAAUCAGUGGUUUGUUACUGGCUCUGCUGACAGAACUAUAAAGAUAUGGGACCUUGCUAGCGGGAAAUUGAAAUUGUCUUUGACGGGACACAUCAGUACUGUACGAGGGGUGAUAGUAAGUGCAAGAAGUCCAUACCUCUUUUCUUGUGGAGAAGACAAGCAAGUGAAAUGCUGGGAUCUUGAAUACAAUAAGGUUAUCAGACAUUACCAUGGUCAUCUAAGUGCUGUCUAUGGUUUAGACUUGCAUCCCACAAUAGAUGUCCUGGUAACAUGCAGCAGAGAUUCAACAGCACGAAUUUGGGAUGUGAGGACGAAAGCCAGCGUGCACACGUUGUCGGGACACACAAAUGCGGUAGCGACAGUGAAAUGCCAAGCUGCAGAGCCACAAAUUAUUACAGGUAGUCAUGAUACUACCAUACGGCUCUGGGAUUUGGUGGCAGGAAAAACCCGUGUUACUUUAACAAAUCACAAAAAAUCUGUAAGAGCAGUAGUGCUACAUCCAAGACAUUACACAUUUGCAUCUGGUUCUCCAGAUAAUAUUAAACAGUGGAAAUUCCCAGAUGGAAAUUUCAUUCAGAACCUUUCUGGGCACAAUGCUAUCAUCAACACACUGGCUGUGAAUUCCGAUGGUGUUCUGGUCUCAGGAGCUGAUAAUGGUACUAUGCAUCUUUGGGAUUGGAGAACUGGAUACAAUUUCCAGAGAGUACAUGCAGCUGUACAGCCAGGCUCUUUGGACAGUGAAUCAGGAAUAUUUGCUUGUGUUUUUGACCAGUCAGAAAGCAGAUUGCUGACUGCUGAAGCUGAUAAAACCAUAAAAGUAUACAAAGAAGAUGAUACUGCGACUGAAGAAACUCAUCCUAUCAGCUGGAAACCAGAAAUUAUCAAGAGAAAGCGAUUUUAGUGCAGCAACACACUUAUACUGUAAUUUUGUUUUGGUUUUCCUGAGAGCAUUCAGUCACAUUUUGUUCUGCCUAGAACAGCAGAGCAGGAAGUCAGUUAAGUCAUUGCUAUUUCAACAUGUUUUUGUAAUAAAUUUUAUUUCUCUUCCCUUUUGUCUUUUUUUGGUGUGAUCCCAGUAAACCGGUUGCAGCUGUUAAAAUUCUCUUUGUGGAGCAUGUAUAUGCCAUGAAAAGGACAGAUAUGCAGGUGCUUAAUUUUUUGUAUGAAACCAUUGUGUAAGUCUAAAAAUAUUUUGAGCCAGGUUUUCUGAAAGACCCUUGGUUGACUCAAAAAAUUAUUUGUGAAUUUAUGCAUAGAAGCCAUCUAGUGGAACUUCUUGAGCUACACUUUUGGAUUUUAGACCAGUAUUGUUUAUUGUACAUAUGCUAAGGAUAUACUGUUAUGGAACAGUAUAUACACUAAAUUCCAGAGUAAUAGAAUGAUCAAGAAAAAAGCAGGACAAUAUAAUAAUAAUAAUGUUGUUUGCUUUAUAAACACAGCCACUGAGCAUUGCCAGUGCUGUUAUUGAAUGAAAUAGGUCUUCCAAGUGUUUAUUUCCCUAGGAAAGCUUUCAUAUUCAACUCCUCAUCUUCACUCAUUCAGAGUGGGCCUUCUGUAGCAAAGACCACUGUCAAGACAUAUUGUUCACAGUCACCAGAGGGUUAGGACCAGUUGACUUUUUGUAAGUCACCUGUUGGGUUUGGUUUGGUUUUUUUUCAGUUAUCCAAAGCAUGUAUGAUGAUAGAAUACAGCAAAAUUUUAAAACUGAGCUCUUGAGAGGAAAAGUUCUGAAGUCAUUCCAGCCUUAAUUUUACAUGUUGCUGUGUCCCCAUGAUCUUAUGAAGGAAUUGAAAAAAAAAAAAAAAGCUACUGAAAGAUAUUUAGAGUAAAUAUGUACGCCUCAUUACUACAGCUGUGAUGUCUGUGCUGCUGUAAAGCCAUUGCUCUUCAUGGGUGGAGAAAAGCAUUGUCAUCAAGCUGUUCCCUUAUUGGCAACCUUGUUCCCUUAUUGGCAGCCUCGUGAGCAGCAUUAACAGCUGCAGUGGCAAGUUCUGUGCUGGUAGAUGCUGAGCAUUGCUCAGUGGCAACAACGUCAAUAGUGAGCCGUUCACAACCAUUAUUUCUCUUCUGUGUGACUUAUUUCAAAUCUGGGAUUUAUGCUAGAGAAGUGACACCUGCAGUGGAAAAAGCUUGUAAAAAUAAGUGCUGUUUACGUUAUGAGAAUUUUUGUUUUGUCUUUUAUGAUGUUCAGGAGGUCUUGUAUUUAUCAUUUAAAUGUUUGACAAAGUCCUUUUAAAGGGCAGGGAAUAUUUGGUGUUUACAAGUUGGAUUAAACACUAGAAAAAAUUGAAGUAUCAUCCAAAUAAAAUACCACAUUCUGA